UGUUAUCCUUGUUCAACAUUCAGUGAACAACGAAGUUACACGAAUGAUGGCGUUGAUCAUAGGAUCUCCAGGAGGAAAAAAGAGGAAGAAAGAUGAACUGCAAAAGUUCAGUCAAAAAGAACAGGUCUCAUAUGAGAGAGAAAAGGAGGUAUAAUUCGAACGAUGCACGAAGUUCAGCUGAAAAGAACAGACUUCUGCACUAUCCGUAACGUCCGCAACAAGGAACAACGAAAACAACGCAAUUUCGAACGUUAUUUCUAAUGCUAUGUAAUGGUGGGCUGCCUUCGGAAACUUCACUCCUCACCGACAUAUUAUUUUCUUCUUUAAUAUUCAGUGAACAAGAAUAAAGUAAUAUUUCCUGAAUGCACUCCCGCGUUUUUGUCGGUGUUUUUCGUCUUGAAUCGGAUUUCUGAGCCAUUAAACCGUGCAACAAGUUGAGAAAGGAAAGAGUGGAAGCACGUGAAGUAAACGUGGAAGCCAAUUGAUUGAUUGAAUUGAUUGACGAAGAAUUUUUCGACGGAAUUCUUUAACUUGAAAAAUGGCGAAAAACAUAAAUCCCUUGGUGGAUGGUUUUAGGAUUGGGGAUUUGAUAAAUGAAGAUGGAGUUAUGUUUGAAAUUGGGGAUGAUAUUAAUAACAAUGAGGAUGAUGAAGAAUUUUCGUAUUCUCCACAUGUACAAUUUAGCAAUGAAGAGAUGUUAAAUAUGUUAAACAUGAAUAGUAUUGAAGAUGAAGACGAGGAUGAGAAAGAAACUGUAUCACUCUGUGGUAUGAGCUUUUCAAAGCUGAAAACCAAGAUGACUAGCUUAACUCCAAAUGGAAAAGUCAUGAAGUACGUUAAACAGAGAGGUGUUGGAGAAAUUAUACCAAACAAUGCUCAAGCGAUUGUCCAUUAUAUUGGAUAUUUUGAAUAUAGAGAUGAGCCUUUUGAUUCUACUUACUCUAUUGGAAAACCAAGAUCGUUGCGUUUAGGCCAGAGUUUUAUUAUACCUGGUUUAGAAAUUGGUAUACGUUCUAUGCAAAAGCAUGAAAUAGCAAUAUUUUUGAUACAUCCUGAUUAUGCUUACAAGGCUGUUGGUUGUCCACCACGUAUUCCACCUAACGAGGAAGUGAUCUUUGUUGUUCAAUUAGUUGAUUACAUCGACGAUGGUUGUGCACAAACAUAUAAAAAUUUUACCGAAGAGGAGAAACAAUCAUUUCGAUAUGUGGUACAGCCUGUGAAACAUAUGUUUGUGGCUGCUAAAGACUAUUGUACAAAAUUUAACUACAAACAGGCGAUACGAGAAUAUAGAAAAAUUGCUGAUUGUUUAGAAUCAAUCAAGUUACAAAAUGAUUUAGAAGAAAAAGAAAUGAGUGAAUUACUCUCACGAGCUUAUACCAAUCUUGGAAUUUGUCAUAACAAGGAAAACAUGCCUACUAAAGCUUGCUUAGCUUUAAGAAAAGUUCCAAAACCAACAGCUAAAAGCUAUUAUCAUUAUGGACAAGCUUUGCUGAAUAUUGGAGAAUACAAUGAAGCAAUGAAGGCGUUCCAGAAAGCUUGGGUAUUAGAACCGCACGAUGACUCUAUUAGAAAAGCAAUUCGGAUAACGAAUGUGAAACAGCGUGAGUAUCUAGAAAUAGAGAAACGCUUGUGGAAAAAUUGCUUCAGAUCCAACGAAGAACAAAUAAAAGUUAAUGAAUUUCGAAAAGCCGCUCGCGAUUUGUGUGAAAGACUUAUCAACAGUAAUGAUGCAGUAAGACAAAAUCUUUCAGAGGGUUUUACAAAAGAAGAAUAUGAAAUUAUACGUGAGGAAGCUGCUAUAUUAGGAUUAAAUGUUGUUACAUCUGUCAGAUAUGGCAAAGAAACUAUAUUCCUUCAAAAAAGCAAAUCAUAAAAUUACAUUACUGUUUAAAAUUGCAAUAUCCAGAAUUCUUCAAUAUACAUCCUAGUAUUGCAAUUCUUAUAUUUGUUAAUGUAUUACAAUGUUAUGCACCGUUACUUUGACUUUAAAAGAUUCUAUGAUGCAUGCUACUACUCGAUACACCGGAUGUUUCAAAUCACCCGCAUCACCUUUUUAUCUUCGCAGAAUAAGUUCUUCAAUCGAAAAAGUGUUCAGACAAAAGUUGUAGGGUUUCAAAAGAUCUAUUUCCUGGUGCUAUGAGUUUGAUCUUGGGUUACCAAGGUCAGGUCAAGGUCAUGUCGAUUUUUUUAAAUGGGACACCUUAUUUUUGAUUCCAGAAUCU